AUGAUCUUCACAAGAAAGUUUGUUCAAAGUGCAAAUUCCAUCAUAGCAGGAUGUACUAUGAAGGCUGCUGCUCUUUCAACAUCUUCAAAAUUGUCGGCUUCGAGUGCUGAAGUUUCUCGAAUUUUGGAAGAAAAGAUUCUUGGACAAGAAACAAAGAUUAAUUUGGAAGAGACGGGAAGAGUACUUUCUAUUGGUGAUGGAAUUGCUCGUGUUUAUGGACUUAAAAAUAUUCAGGCUGAGGAAAUGGUGGAAUUUGAUUCGGGAAUGAAGGGAAUGGCUCUAAACUUGGAACCUGACAAUGUUGGUGUUGUCGUUUUUGGAAAUGACAAGGUUAUUCGUGAAGGAGAUAUUGUCAAACGGACUGGGGCUAUUGUUGACGUUGGUGUCGGUGAAGAAUUGUUGGGCCGCGUUGUUGAUGCUCUUGGGAAUCCAAUUGAUGGAAAACCUUUAAAAGUUUCUCAACGUUCGCGUGUUGAAGUUAAAGCUCCAGGAAUUAUUCCGCGACUUGGUGUGCGUGAGCCUAUGUUGACAGGGGUGAAAGCAGUUGACUCUUUGGUGCCAAUUGGAAGGGGACAGCGUGAAUUGAUUAUUGGAGAUCGUCAGACUGGUAAAACUGCAAUUGCUAUUGACACAAUUAUCAACCAGAAGCGUUUUAAUGCCAGCAAUGAUGAGAAGAAAAAGCUUUAUUGUAUUUAUGUUGCUAUUGGUCAAAAGCGUUCAACUGUUGCUCAAAUUGUGAAGCGACUUACUGAUGCUGAUGCUAUGAAGUUUGUUUUUUCGUGUUACAAUCAUUGUCCACUUAAGGUACACAAUCAUCGUUUCGGCUACCGCUUCUGA